CCGUUUCAUCGCGUUCUCCGCGUUCCAGAUACUCGCUUUUUAUGUUGCCCUUCUAUUGUCUUGCAGGACCGACACAAUAACGUCAGGAUGACAGGCUUCGCAGUGUUGGGCGCAAUUGUAGCGCACACAGACGACGACAACGCGGGAGCGAACGGUAUAAAAGGGCUUCUGGGGACGGCUUCCUAUCCUGUGGGAUAUACUGUUCCUGACUCACUGACAAAACAGGGAAUACGUGACUUACGAGAACUAGCAUUGCGAGCAGAGCAAAAUCAAUGAAACAUGCCACCGCAAAUCGUAUUAAUUCUACGGCACUCGCAUGCCGACCCUGGCAAGAUAUUCAUCAAUUCGGGAGCUGGCCACGGGGGUGGGGAGAACGGUCGCAUAAGCAUGGGUACCAUCUUCCGGUUGAUAUUGGCCUUAGCAGCUGGUUUCGUCCUCGGCAUUUUGGUCGCGCCAUCGCGGGCAUACACUCUCCGCACGCAUCCCUCAAACACAGCGCCGCGGUGCGACGCACAUCGCCUCUGUCCCGCCUGUACGCACCCGGGACAACGUCCACAGGUAACCCUCGGAGUUCAUCCCGUCUCCGCCACCCUACGUCGCCGCCCCAUCCUAUCUCGCGCCUACGAUACGAACUAUGUUUGGCCUGUACAGCUCAUCCCCACUAUGGCGCAUGCCCCAAAUGUUAUGUCCUUUCGAUACAUCUGCAGCUGUAUCUACUGAGUAGAAGUUGUCCGAUGCGAACAGUCGCUCUCAUCGAACGCCUCACCUCGUUCGCAGAGAUAUCUCUCAUAGCCUGCGCAACUCGAGCCAAUCGUUCGCAUCAUUCGAUGCGUUGGCCCUCUUAUUCCGUCGAGCUACCGCUGGCGAGAACUGGAUGGGAGGCGCAUUACACUGCGGGUGCGAGGUUGGGGUCGAGAUUAGAAGUUGACGCUGAGGCAGACUCUGAACGAGAGUCGGAAGCUGGUGGCGAGUAUCUUGUCGCAUUCCGUUCCAUGAGGUAUCUCCGCGCCAUCAGCGUGGACUGUCAAUGUCAUGCUAGGAAGCUACUCAACGACGUUCACGGCCACGCGGAAUCAACGAUGCAGUCACCUCCCUACUCUGUAUCGUUGAUCGGCGAUCUUCACGAGUGCGCCGGGUGACGAUCCUCCCGCCCACGCAUCAGCGACGAGCCACCCCAUGCUCGCACGAGCGAAUGGUGCCCCAAUUCCUCGUGUCAAUGGGAUGCGACCAUGUCACACCACGGGAUAGG